AUGGUUAGAGCUGUCUUUAAAGAUCAUUGUGCAAUUGUCGUCUUUGGUGCCUCCGGCGACUUGGCCAAAAAGAAAACCUUCCCUGCCUUGUUUGGUUUAUACCUUCAUGACGAAUUGCCAAAAAACAUUAAAAUAUUUGGUUACGCAAGGACAAGUAUACCACUUGACGACUUCAAAUCGAGAAUUGCCUCCUUUAUAAAAUACAAGAAAUCUCCCAUAUCUGAACAAGUAUUCUCAGAGAAAAAGGAAAAAUUCUUAACCCUAAUUGACUACUUAUCUGGUCCUUACGAUAAAAACACUGGUUUCAAAGAAUUGGAAUCAAAACUCCUCGAAUUUGACUCAUCCCUACUCAAAAAUUCUCCCUCUGGAACCUACAACACAAAUGACUCAAACAAAUUCUUCUCCCAAAGAUUAUACUAUUUGGCAUUGCCUCCUUCUGCUUUUGUUGAUGUCGCUAGAAAUUUAAAGGAAAACAAUUACCCAGAAAAGGGCACUGGUUUCGCAAAAAUCAUUGUUGAAAAACCCUUUGGCCACGACUUACCCUCGGCCAGAGAAUUGCAAUCAAAAUUGGCUCCCCUAUGGUCCGAAGAUGAAUUAUACAGAAUCGAUCAUUACUUGGGCAAAGAAAUGGUCAAAAAUUUACUAGUCCUAAGAUUUGGUAACGAAUUCUUUGGUGCCUCCUGGAGUAGAAAACACAUAAGCUCAAUCCAAAUCAGUUUCAAAGAACCCUUUGGCACUGAAGGUAGAGGUGGUUACUUUGAUAAAAUCGGCAUAAUUAGAGACGUCAUCCAAAACCAUCUACUACAAGUCUUGACUCUAUUAACUAUCGACAGACCCAUCAGCUUUGAUCCGGAAGCCAUUAGAGACGAAAAAGUCAAACUACUAAAAUCAAUCUCCCCCAUUGACUUGAAUGACAUCCUUAUCGCUCAGUACGACAAAUCCCUCGAUGGCACAAAACCUUCCUACUUGGACGACAAAACCGUUGAUCCAAAUUCAAAAUGUGUCACUUACGCUGCCAUUCCAAUCAACAUUGAAAACGAAAGAUGGGAUGGUGUUCCAAUCAUCUUGAGAGCAGGAAAGGCUCUUAACGACGGCAAAGUUGAAAUCAGAAUCCAAUUCAAACAAGUCGCAAGAGGUGUCUUUAAAAACAUUGACAGAAACGAAUUGGUCAUCAAAAUCCAACCAAAGGAAGUUAUCUACCUAAAGAUCAACGCCAAAUUGCCGGGUUUGGCUACUUCAACAACUUUAACUGACUUAGAUUUGUCCUACGAUUCAAGAUACGAAAGCUUUUGGAUUCCAGAAGCUUAUGAAUCCCUAAUCAGAGAUUGUUUACACGACGACCAUUCAAACUUCGUUAGAGACGACGAAUUGGAAGUUAGCUGGAAAUUGUUUACUCCAUUGUUGAAUUACUUGGAGGGUCCAGAUGGUCCAGCUCCAGUCAAAUACCCAUAUGGUGCUAGAAGCCCUCCAGGUUUAGAUAAGUUCUUAAAUGAGCACAAUUACAAAUUUACAAACAAUGAAACUUAUCAAUGGCCUGUAAUAAGACCUGAAAAUUUAUAA